GAUGAGUUUUAUACAGACUGACCCUUCUCUGCUGGGGAGUGUCAGACUGGAGCGUGGAAAGCAUCCCAGCUCCAGACAGGGACAAACCACACAACCACCCGGACCAGCUCGAGCAGCCGGCGACUCACAGAGACGCAGGUCAGGACUCAGAGAAAAAGGAAGAUGAUGAUGAUGAUGCAGGGAGGCAUGGACGACCUCACCAAGCAGAGGAUGUUGCAGGCUAAAGCUCUGUCUCAGGAGGCCAAAGGUCUGAACCUGGGGAAGAAAAUCAGCGUUCCACAAGAUGUGAUGAUCGAAGAGCUCCAGCUUACCUCUAAUCGAGGCUCUCGCAUGUUUCAGGAGAGACUGAAAAGGGCAGAGAAGUUCACACUGGAGAACGUCGCUGCUGGUCCUCACUACAUCAGUGUUCCUCUUGAGGCCAAUCCUCCCACACAGAUGGUCCUGGACCCACAGGGAGGAAAAGAGAACCUUGCUUUCUCCAUCCCUGGUAAGCAUAGCCUGGUCAUGAACCUUCAGAAGACUGUAGCAAAGAAGGGCAGUCCCGAUGUCCUGGCUCCAGGAUACUCUGGACCCCUGAAGGAAAUUCCUCAUGAGAAGUUCAACGCAACAAUAAUCCCCAAAUCUUACUCCUCUCCAUGGAGAGACGCUCUGGGAAACAACGACGAGCUUCUGAAUGCCCUCAAUACCCAGCUGCCCCAGCCCCCACAAAGACUCAUGCCUGCCAACUACAGGUGCUUCAACAGAUCUGCAAUGCCAUUUGGGGGUGCUAUGACAAGCAAGAGGGUGAUCCCAGUGAUUGGCUUUGAGGCGGUCGAAUCUCAAGAUCUUCCCGGCAUCGCUCUGGAGCGCAUGUGCCAUCGGCCCAACUUCAACAGAGCACCCAGGGGAUGGAGAGUCAACUACUCCCCUGAAUCUAAUGACCUAUGAAAAUAAGCUGAAAAGCUAAAGACUGAAGCAUAGACCUCUUCUGCAAAGAUGACUGUCUUGGUCUUAAGGAAUUACAGAAGAAGGAAAAUUAAGACUUCUGCAUGUCAUUUAAAUGGUUUCCCACUCCCAUUUGUCACUUCCAGCAGUAUCUUAUGUCUUUAAUACCCUACUUCCUCUCCUCUAAGCAGACAACACGAAACAAAUGAUGUAUAUGCACCGACAUUGACAAAAUGUAGUUAUUUUAAUGACAAGUAAAAAUGUUUAACUGCAGCUUUACAAGAAACUAAGUCACUAUGCUGUGGAAUAUCAAAAUUGAGUUAAAAACCAAAAAGAAAAAAAAAAAAAAAAAAAAAACUGAAAUUAAGCAAAAAAGAAAAAAUCAUUAUCAAUGUCCAGCUCCAUGUGAUGGUUUGCACAAAGAGACAAAUACAAGUUUAGCCCCCAAAAAUGUAUUCAUAUGUACAAUGGCUUUACAUAACCCUGGUCACACCGGCCAGUACGCUUAUGUUUGAAAUAUUUUCUGUAUUAUGCUGUUUUACUUUUUAACUGUGAGGAGGGACAAAGUCAUAGUUUAUGCACAUAGUUGUGAUCUAUUGCAACGCAGACUGUGCUUGUUCAGUUCCUUUGCUGCUCUGCAGGUGGCGUUUACUAGAAACAACUGAUCCUUCUGCAGUCUAUUUCUUCCAGAAGUAGUCCUUGGUUCUCUAACCAACGGCAGCAUUUCCUGUGAACACGCCUGGCCAGGUUUGUCAUGAGGAAACAAAUGACACUUGGAAACCGUGUGACGUUACUCCAGCAGUUAUUCGCCAUGACGGGCGCCGUGUGCACCAUGAGCACCCAUGCGCUGAGGAUCCUGGGAGGGGUAGUGGAUUGUACCUGGAGGUCUCAUCGUCAUAGGAGGAGGCACAGGUGGGGCCAUGGGACCCAUAGGAUGAAACAUUGGAGGGCCAAAACCUGAGUGGGAAGAAAAGAGAGAAUGCUUAGCAUCCAAUAAGAGUAUUAUGCACUCUAGUUUGUGCAAGUAACUGUAACUGAACACAAACUAUAUUCACCUGGAGGAGGCGGGUUGAUGCCUGGAGGUGGGGGCAAAGCAAUGUUCAUGACAGCAGGAGAGGAGCUCGGGUCAAGAUUGAAGUAGUUUGCAGGAGCCUCUUCAUCUAGCGGUGGCGGUGGAGGCAGAGCUGGAGGAAAAAAAGAUUUACUAAGACUCAAUAGGUAUCUAGGUAUCUUACUUUGCUAAUGCCUCUAAUAAAUUCUUCAUGCACAUAUAUUCGUAUUUAGCUAACUAUUACAUGUAAUCAUUAAAGUGUACUUUAAAUUACA